AUGGCCGACUCCAAAGAUGACCUGACCGAAAAGGCCCAUUUCGAUCCUAACUGGAUCGCGUGGAAUGGAGGCUACAUACACUCUAACAACGUCUUGUUCUAUUUCGCCACUUCACCAUUCUUCGACCAAGUCUCUGGGAAUCAGUCUCUUUUCACCCAGUGGGCGGGCACUCCGAAUCAGAACGAUAUCCUAGGCACAAGGGCUAAAUUCGAGGACAAUCUACGCCAUCAGCGUGGCAUUCAAUAUGUCGUGGAGCACGAUCCACUUGAGGAAAAGGUCAUGAUCGAUGGCCCCAAUGGUCCUGAACAGUCCAAUGUUUGGGUGAUUCGGAAACAGAACCGCGAAGACGACACGGCCAACGGAGUCACCGUUUUGGGCUACUACUAUAUCGUCAAUGAUGUGAUCUAUCAAGCUCCAGCAGUGGCAAGCGUGCUCACUUAUAGAAUGUUGAACACGGUCUCGGCGCUGGAGAAGGUCUUUUCAGCACCAGCAAACCUAUUCUAUUUUUCCGUUUCGCAUGGCCAUACCUAUCACAAGCCCGUCCAAGCGUCGGCCAAUCAAGCCACAUCAGAUCCUGCUCAGCAAAGUAAAGAGAGCACACCAAUGCCCGGAAGUCAGCUAUCUGCAAGCGAGAAACCAACAACAUCCUCAGCUCAGCCACAAGAAGAAAACAAUACUGGAGCCCGCACUGUCUGGGAUGCACUGCGCAUGACCCUGCAAUAUGGCAAGGAGUAUGCCGAUGACAUAUCCUUGGCUGGGGAGCCUGGAAACUUCAGAUUUUCUAAGAACAAAGAGGCUGCCACUGGUCAAAUUAAGGGUCAGACGAGCGGCAACAUAGCCACGCCUAAUCAAUCUCGAGCACAGUCGAUGGUUCCAGCUUCGUCAAGCAGCAACGCGGCAGUGUCAAAAGGUCUUAAGAUCGGAGACAAGGGGGCUACGACGCCUGAUGGAGUGGUCAAUCGAAAAAGAAGGAAGAGUAAAGCAAGCGAACCAAGUCCGUAG